AUGGACGCCAAGCUGAUGGUGGCCACAGAGGGGGGCAAUGUCAAGAAACUGAAGGAUCUGCAGGAGGAACAGGAUGCCAUGGCGGCGACAAGCAAGAAGCCUUCCAAUGAGGACGAAUCCCCUGCAGCUAGCAUCAAUCCCCUACUGCUGGCAUCGGCACGCGAGGGCUCCUGGGAGGCGCUGAAUGCCCUUCUCGAGAGGGCCGACGCACAAGCACAACAUCCACCAAUGGAGAUUCUUCCUACUCAUGAAUAUCUUGAGUUGCUUGCGAGUGGCAGCAGCGCCCAGGGAAGAGUUGCUGCUCGUGAUGUAGAAGAAGGCGUCGACCACCAUCCUGCUGCUUCGCUUGCAGCUGGAGCACUCCUCAAGGGAGUAACUCCUGAUGGGGAUACCGCACUACAUGCGGUCGCCAGGAGUCCCAAGGGUGGCCAGCAUUUCCUGAAGUUUGCCGGCAUCAUCUACGACAGAGACAGGGCCCUACUGUUUGAGAAGAAUCACAAGGGAGACACACCCUUGCAUUGUGCCGCCCAAGCUGGGAACUUCCAAAUGGUUUCUCAUCUCAUUGAUCUAGCUGGACGUGAGGGAGCCGACAGGAAGCUCGAGCUUUUGAGAAUGGAAAAUAAGCGUCACGAGACGGCCCUGCACGAGGCUGUUCGAAUUGAACACGGUAGACUUCUGGACCAUAUUAAGGACAGGCGAGCUUUGUUUGAUGCUGACGGCCCAUCAGAAGAAAGGCUUAGAGCUUUUGUAGAUCAACAAGAAAAAAAGACUCUAGUCAAGCUGCUAAUGGGUGCUGAUCCCGAAUUGGCUAAUUAUCCUAAGGACGGCAUUUCACCGCUGUACCUAGCCAUCUUGCUGGAGAAGAGUACCAUUGCACUGACUCUAUAUUGUAAGAGUGAUGGCAAUCUCUCUUACUCGGGAGGAGAUGGACAAAAUGCCUUGCAUGUUGCGCUUCUUCGAGACCCAGACACAGUGAUGAUAGAGCUCCUAGUGCAUUGGAAGAAAAGCCUUUCUACACUAGUCGACAAAGAUGGGAGUACACCGCUUCAUUUCGCUGCAUCACGGGUUUUUCCGAUUGCCUGGUAUAAUACGGUCUUUUACGUGUCCAAAGAUAAAAAGAUAACCUGGCAAUGUUUCCCGUGGAUUCCGAAUCUGGAAUUUGAGCUCCUCAUUAUAGUAUACAAAGCGAACCGUGUGGCACCGUAUCAGGCAGACAAGAACGGAUCUUUUCCCAUACAUGUGGCUGCCUCCGUAGGUUAUAGAGGUGCCAUAGAAUUUUUCCAGCGGGAGUGUCCGGAUAGCUUUGCGUUACGCGACGCGAAAGGAAGAACAUUCCUUCAUGUAGCGGUCGAGAAAGGAAGAGUAGACAUAGUCUCAUAUGUAUGUCUACAUCCAUCUCUAGCUUGGAUUCUUAAUAUGCAAGACAAUGAUGGGAACACUGCACUGCACUUAGCUCUCAAGGCUCGGAGCUUUUGGAUGUUCUUUCGUCUGUUCAGGAGACUGGAGGUGGAUCUGAAUCUAACAAAUAACGACGGGGAAACUUACCUUGACGUAUCCAGAAGUAAUCUUCCGUUCGAAAUGGCAUAUACACUGAACCCUGAGAAUCAAAUAUACAAAGCCUUGCUCUCCGUUAUGGCGAACCACGGAGCCCUUCGCCGGGAUAAGACUGAGGAAAAGUAUAGUCGAUGUCCAACGCCCAAGGAACAGGACAAAGAAUCAGACAAGCUGAAAGACGCAACACAGACGCUUAUCGUUGUUUCAGUCCUAAUAGCCACAGUGGCGUUCAGUGCAACUUUUGCCCUUCCUGGAGGUUACAGAGCCGAUGAUCAUACUAAUGGAGGUACGCCAACACUUGCUGGGAGUUAUGCUUUUGACGCGUACAUGAUGGCCAACGCAUUAGGUUUCACCUGCUCCACAAUAGCUACCGUUGGCUUCGCGUUUGCUGCAGCUCCCAUGUGUGAGUUGAGAAUCCGCAAACUCAACUUUGUCCCGUCCCUGCUUUUGCUGUCAAGUUCACUCAUAUGCAUGACUAUUGCUUUUGCGCUGGGCGUGUAUAUGGUGCUAGCUCCGGUUGCUCGUAACACCGCUGUCGCGGUUUGCGUUAUUGCUCCAGCCGUAUUUCUAUUCCCAAAUAUGACGGAUUUUUUUAGAUAUUUUAUUCUUGCACGAUUUAUUAGGUUAGAGCCAUUGCAGAUGAUUGCACGGUUUCUACAGAUAUGUGUCCUUGCACUAUGGCCGUUCAUAGUCAUCUUUGGUUGGGCCGUGUUGGCAAGGAUCCUCCACCACCGCUAG